GGCCCCUCAGCUCCGCUACCUGGAUGCGGGGGGGGGCGAGGGGGGAGAAGACUUCAAGGGGAGCCCCUCGCCCCACCCCCUUGCCGAAGCGAAGCUUCGCUACUGCGCAGGCGCCAUGUGGCUCAUGGUUGGACGGAAGCAGGACGCCGAUUGGUCGCUUUGGGGAGGGCAGCGAUUGGCAGGAGGACUCCUCGGGGCGGUCCAUUCAAAGGAAAGAAGAGCUACCGGUAACAGGAAGAGACCUUGCAGUGAAGUCCCGCCUCCACUUCCGGAAACGAAUGGAAGGUAGGCGUCUAAUUGAUUCAUCCACGGGCGGGCUCGGAGCCAGGAGGACGGGCGAGCCCGGCGGAGGAAGGAAGGAAGGAAGGAAGGAGGCGCCGCCCGAGAGGAGAGGAGGCCCCGCGGAGCAGCCCCGGGAGGAGACGACGGGAAGGCCCGGCAGGGAUGAGCCGAGAGGGACUCCGGGAAAGGAGGCCGCCCGGAGGGAGAAGCGGGGAGCAGGAAACGGGCGGAGACCCCGAGACGGGCCAGGAGGGCGGAGGGUCCUUCAGAAGAGGCGGAAGACCCGGGAAUCCCCAGAGAAUCCAGGAGGGAAGAAAGAAAUAUGAAUGCGCAGAAUGUGGAAAAUCUUUCAAAACAAAUACAGGUCUUGUAAACCAUCUAAGAAUCUACACAGGAGAGAAACCUUUUAAAUGCCUGGAGUGUGGAAAGAGCUUCAGUCAGAAGAAAAGCCUUUCUAAUCAUCAAAGGGUUCACAAUAGAGAAAAAGAGUAUAAAUGCCUGGAGUGUGAAAAGAGCUUCAGUCAAAGGGGACACCUUUAUAGACAUCAAAGGAUCCACUCAGGAGAAAAAGCACAUAAAUGUCUGGAGUGUGGAAAGAGCUUCAAUGGGAGGAGAAACCUUUAUAAACAUCAAAGGGUCCACAUAGGAGAAAAACCGCAUAAAUGUCUGGAGUGUGGAAAGCACUUUAGUGUGAGGGGAAGCCUUUAUGUACAUCAAAGGAUCCACACUGGAGAGAAACCUUUUAAAUGCCUGGAGUGUGGAAAGAGCUUCAAUCAGAGUAGCCACCUUUGUACACAUCAAAGGAUCCACUCAGGAGAGAAACCGCAUAAAUGCCUGGAAUGUGGAAAGAGCUUCAGUCAGAGAAUCCACCUUUAUACACAUCAAAGGAUCCACUCAGGAGAGAAACCGCAUAAAUGCCUGGAGUGUGGAAAGAGCUUCAGUCAGAUCGGAAGCCUUUAUAAGCAUCAAAGGAUCCACUUAAGAGACAAACCAAAUAAAUGCCUGGAGUGUGGAAAGAGCUUCAGUCAGAGGGGAAGCCUUUAUACACAUCAAAGGAUCCACUUAGGAGACAAACAGAAUAAAUGCCUGGAGUGUGGAAAGAGUUCCAAUCACAGGAGCAACCUUUGUACACAUCAAAAGAUCCACUCAAGAAAAAAACCACAUAAAUGCCUGGAGUGUGGAAAGAGCUUCAGUGUGAGUGGAAGCCUUUAUAAACAUCAAAGGAUCCACUCAGGAGAGAAACCGCAUAAAUGCCUGGAAUGUGGAAAGAGCUUCAGACACAGGAGCUACCUUUAUAUACAUCAAAGAAUCCACUCAGGAGAAAAACCACAUAAAUGCCUGGAGUGUGGAAAACACUUCAAUGUGAGGGGAAGCCUUUAUGCACAUCAAAGGAUCCACUCAGGAGAGAAACCACAUAAAUGUCUGGAGUGUGGAAAGCACUUCAGUGUGAGGGGACACCUUUAUGUACAUCAAAGGAUCCACACAGGAGAAAAACCUUAUAAAUGCCUGGAGUGUGGAAAGAGUUUCAGGCAGAGCAGCACCCUUUAUGUACAUCAAAGAAUCCAUUCAGGAGAGAAACCGCAUAAAUGCCUGGAGUGUGGAAAGAGCUUCAAUCUGAGGGGAAACCUUCAUACACAUCAAAGAAUCCACUCAGGAGAGAAACUGCAUACAUGUCUGGUGUGUGGAAAGAGCUUCAGUCAGGGGGGACACCUUUAUAGACAUCAAAGAAUCCACACAAGCAGAGAAACCUUAUAAAUGCCAAUUUAGCUUGGAACCAUUGCAGUUACCUUUUUAAAAAAAUAACGGCUGCUAGCCAGCUCAAGCAUCUUCAGCUAGCAAAAGCAAAAACCGGAGCUGGCUCAGCACUUGUUUGGCCAUGUGGCCGUGGACAAAAAAACCCCCCAAACCCUGGCAACUUCUUGUAGCCCCGAACAGCCAAGGAAAGUCAGAGAGAUAAAAAUGGCCACCACUGCAUUAGUGAUUGAAACCAAGUCACAUGGCUAGACAGACCUUUUUUGGUCGCAAUUCUGAAUUUCUAAUGUACGUACCCUUCCUGAAUUAAUUUAAUUAAUUUGUUUUUGUGAAAAGUGGUUCAAUGAACUCUCGUACCUAGGGGUUUAUAAUUUUACAAAAAUUAUCACUUCGUUCUCACAAAUGACCGGGCAGCUUCACAAUUUUAUAGAGAUGCUGAACCAUGCCCACUUAUCUCUUCCCCCUCCUUUCCGCUAUUUAAAACUAGGCUGUUUUCCUUACACCAGUUCACCAACCCCUCAACCUCCUUAUAAUAAGCUCCCUCAUUGUCAUCCUGAAUAAGGAACGCUACUGUUUUAUCAUCUGCGAACCUCACAAUGUGGUAAACCUAGCACAACAGUCGUGAGUCAACUGGGUGAACAACAGCGGACUUCGGACGCAGCCUUGAGGAGAACCUGUGCUUAAGAAAAUCGUAUUAGGGGUAUUUGUUCCAAUUUGCACAUAUUGCAGCCUUUGGUAAGAAAAUCAAGAAUCCAGUUAAACAAAGAGCGUUUAACCUUAAAAGGCCCAGUUUGUCUACUAGAUGCUGGGGAAUGAUUGUGUUAAAUGCCAAACUGAAACUCUGUGGUUGAAAUUGUACCUUUGUAACAGCCUCAUUUGACUCUUGACACUUUUUCCCGUGUCAACAUUCUCCUUUUCAUGCAAUGCACAUUUCAAUGGUUAUGCUUAAUAUUAUGGGAUGUUACUGUCCAUGUCUCUGGCGUAACUGAGCAGGGUGAUUUCUUUCAUCCAAUGAAGUCUUGUUUUGUACUUUUUCUACUAUAAGGCGUAUAAAAUGAAACCCGAUUC